CUCAGCCACGCUGCCUAUCACUUUCAAGUGCUUGUUGGAGAAUAACCAUGUUGACAGGAGGAUUGCGAGGUUUGUGCUGCCUGUGGGAGCCACCAUCAACAUGGAUGGGACAGCACUCUACGAGGCGGUGGCUGCCAUCUUUAUUGCGCAAGUAAACAACUAUGAGCUGGACUUUGGGCAGAUUAUUACUAUAAGUAUCACAGCCACAGCUGCCAGCAUAGGUGCUGCAGGUAUCCCGCAAGCUGGCCUGGUGACAAUGGUCAUUGUUCUGACCUCGGUUGGGCUCCCAACAGAUGACAUCACAUUGAUUAUUGCUGUCGACUGGGCACUAGACAGGUUUAGAACAAUGAUCAAUGUCCUGGGAGAUGCGCUGGCUGCUGGGAUCAUGGCCCACAUCUGCCGGAAGGAGUUUGUCAAGGAUGGUGAUGAGGUGCCAUUGAUCUGUGAAACUAAGCCUAUUAACAUCCAUCAGAUUGUGGCUUACCAGAGAAAUGGCUGUGUGAAGACCAUGAAUGAAUCUCGUGGACCAGAAACAGUGAAAGGGUUUCAGCACCACAUACCUGUACAAGUGGAGCAAGAAGAAAGUCCAGUGGAGAAUCAGACUAAGAAAUCCAACAGUAAAGACCACUGCACUAUUGAAAUAAAUGAACUAGAAACAAAUGUGUAA